UGUUAACAAUAAAAUGCACCAAAUAUAAACAUGUAAAUGUGUGAUAAAUUCUACAACACGGUUAAUUUGUGUCUACAGUGCUGCAUAUUGAUGCUGGACCACAGAGCCGAGACUGGCACCCUGCUUGGUGGGAUCUGGCCCGAUAAAUGGUGACCAGCAUACGGCUUCAUUUGACGGCAGCACCCGCAGUGGUGGAGGGGAAGACUGGAGGACCAAAUCUGACACAGCAGGUCCUGGAAACAGAGGGGACUGACGAGGAGCAGGAGGAGGAGGAGGCGCUGAAGUUGGAGCUGUGACCGCAUAGUAAAACCACCCCUCUCUCUCUCUCUCUCUCUCUCUCUCCCUCCUCCCUCCUCCCCUCCUCUCCUCUCCUCCCUCGGUCGGGUUUGAGGAGAUCUCUCUUGGAGCUGGAGAGGAGAGGUUGGCCGUCUCUCUCCUCCAGCAGCCGCCGGGCUUCUCUGCCGCCUCCCGCCGCUUCAUCAUGGAUCUGUGGACUAAAACACUCGCUGGGAUUAUCGCUCAGGUCUUCCUGCUCCUCUGCAGCUCGCUCGGGACAACCGGAGAAGAGGUGUGCGACAGCGCGCUGGUGUCCAAUCUGCCGCCGUCGUCCUUCCGGAGCUCCUCCCAGCUGUCCAGCAGUCACGCUCCGGGCUUCGCCAAACUCAACAGGAGAGAAGGAGCUGGAGGCUGGUCUCCUCUCACCUCAGACAGGUACCAGUGGCUGGAGGUCAGCCUGGGCGAGCGGACCAAGAUCACCGCCGUCGCCACGCAGGGUCGCUACGGCAGCUCCGAUUGGCUGACGUCGUACCUGCUGAUGUUCAGCGACACGGGACACAACUGGAAGCAGUACAGACAGGAGGACAGUAUAGGGUCUUUUCCAGGUAACAGUAAUGCAGACAGCGUGGUUCAGUACAAGCUGCAGCAGCCGGCCGUCGCUCGCUUCCUCCGCCUCAUUCCUCUGGACUGGAACCCCAGCGGGAGGAUCGGGCUCCGGCUGGAGACCUACGGAUGUCCUUACACCUCUGAUGUCGUCAGUCUGGACGGCGGCAGCAGCAGCGGUCUGGUGUACAGGUCGAGUCCUGGGCCGAGGCGACCGCCCAGAGACGUCGUCUCGCUGAAGUUUAAAACCCUGAGGAAUUCUGGGAUGCUGCUGCACGCAGAGGGAGACGGAGGACUCAGCCUCAGCCUGGAGCUGGAGAGAGGAAAGCUACAGCUGCUGCUCAGACGAGGUCCAUCCUCCGAGCCCCGGCGUCUCGCCUCUCUCGGCAGCCUGUUAGACGACCAGCACUGGCACCAUUUAGCGGUGGAGCGGCGCAGCUCUCACCUCAACCUCACCGUGGACAAACACACCGAGAGGGUUCAGAUCCCUGCAGAGUUCAGCCACUGGGAGAUCGAGCAGCUGAGCGUCGGGGAUGUCCAGGACUUCGGCUCUCAGAAACCAAAGAGGAGCUUCCAUGGCUGCCUGGAAAACCUGCUAUACAACAGCCUCAACCUGAUAGAGCUCGCUAAAAACAACAACCACCAAGUCACCGCAGUGGGCAAUGUGACCUUCUCUUGUGCUGAGCCAGUUUCCAUCGCCGUGACGUUCCCCGGCCCCCAGAGCUUCCUGCAGCUGCCGGGGGCGUCGGCGUCCUCCUCCUCGGGGGGCGUGUCCGUGGGGUUCCAGUUCAGGACGUGGAACAAGGCGGGGCUUCUGCUCACCUUCGGCCUGCCUCAGGAAGGGGGCGUGGUCUGGUUGUACCUGAGCGAGGCCAGGCUGCGGCUGCAGAUCCAUAAAGCCGGCAGGGCGCUGCUGGAGCUCACUGCAGGUUCUGCUCUAAGUGACGGUCAGUGGCACUCCGUGGAGCUGAACUCCAGACGAGGUCGUCUGACCGUCGCUGUAGAUAAAGAAGAAGGAGGCGUCGCUCACGCCAGCUUCUCGCUCACCGCAGGGGGUCAACUCUUCUUUGGUGGUUGUCCCGCUGACGAAGACGGUCAGGAAUGUAAAAAUCCCUUCGACAUCUUUCAGGGCUGCAUGCGUCUCCUCAGCGUGGAGAACCAGCCGGUGGACCUCAUCAAGGUGCAGCAGAGGCUGCUGGGAAAUUACAGCCACCUGCAGAUCGAUAUGUGUGGCAUCAUUGACAGGUGUUCCCCCAGUCGGUGUGAACACGGCGGCCGCUGCAGUCAGUCCUGGACCGUCUUCCACUGCAACUGCUCCGACAGCGGCUACAGCGGCGCCACCUGCCACAGCUCUGUGUACGAACAGUCCUGCGAGGCGUACAAACACAACGGCAACACGUCGGGACAUUUCUACAUCGACGUGGACGGCAGCGGACCAAUCAGACCGCAGCUGGUCUACUGCAACAUGACAGAGGAGAACACGUGGAUGGUGAUCCAGCACAACAACACGGAGCUCACCAGGCUCCGACCGUCUCCAGGUGGAAACCAGCACUCAGUCCACUUCGACUACUCGACUGAAGAGGAGCAGCUCUCUGCGGCCAUCGGCCAAUCAGAGCACUGCGAGCAGGAGCUGGCCUACCACUGCAGGAAGUCCCGCCUCCUCAACACUCCAGAGGGCUCUCCGUUCAGCUGGUGGCUCGGUGGUCCCGGUGCCGGUCGUGUCCAGACGUACUGGGGCGGAGCUCAGCCGGGCAGCCAGCAGUGCGCCUGCGGCCUGCAGGGCGACUGUGUGGACCCACAACACUACUGCAACUGUGACGCCGACCGCAUGGAGUGGACUGAAGACUCCGGCCUGCUUAUCCAUAAAGACAGCCUCCCCGUCCGGUCUCUGGUUCUGGGUGACAUCCAGAGGCCCGGGUCGGAGGCAGCCUACAGGGUGGGACCGCUCAGUUGCCAUGGAGACAAGAGCUUCUGGAACGCCGCGUUUUUCGACAAAGAGACGUCGUACCUCCACUUCCCCACCUUCCACGGAGAGCUGAGCGCCGACAUCUCCUUCCUGUUUAAGACCACGGCCUCGUCGGGCGUGUUCCUGGAAAACCUGGGCAUCAAAGACUUCAUCCGGAUCGAAUUGAGCUCCUCCACUCAGGUGGUUUUCUCCUUCGACGUGGGUAACGGCCCGCUGGAGGUUCGCGUGGAGUCGAGCGUCCCGCUGGACGACAACCGGUGGCACCGAGUCCGAGCCGAGCGGAACGUCAAGGAGGCGUCGCUCCGACUGGACGAGCUUCCUGUCGCCACGCAGGAGGCUCCAGCCGACGGACACUUCCACCUGCAGCUCAACAGCCAGCUGUUCAUCGGAGGCACAGCGUCCAGGCAGAAGGGCUUCCGGGGCUGCAUUCGCUCUCUGCAGCUGAACGGCGUCACCCUGGACCUGGAGGAGCGGGCCAGGAUCACACCCGGGGUCCGACCCGGCUGCCCGGGUCACUGCAGCAGCUACGGCUCGUUCUGCCAGAACCGGGGCCGCUGUGUGGAGAGAGUCAACGGCUUCCACUGCGACUGCGGCCUGUCGGCGUACACUGGAGUCUUCUGCAACACAGAGGUGUCGGCCAGCUUCAAGUCGGACACCUCCGUCAGCUACACCUUCAAGGAGCCGUACGAGCUGAGCAGGAACAGCAGCGCUCUGCCGUCCUCCAUCUACUCGGACACGACGCUGAGAGGAGAGAACGUCUCCCUGAGCUUCAGGACCAACCAGAGUCCGGCCGUGCUGUUCUACGUCAGCUCGUACUACAGAGAGCACCUGGCCCUGCUCAUCAACAAGCACGACACGCUGGAGGUGAGAUACAAGCUGGACGGCGGCAGAGACGCCGAGGUGCUGAGAAGCAGAGUGAAGAGUCUCGCCAACGGACAGCUGCACACCGUCACCAUCAGGAGACUGUCGGACUCCGUGUCUGUGCAGGUCGACCAAAAUGCCAGAGAAGAGUUCAAUCUGACAUCUGAUGGAGAAUUCAACGCUAUCAAGUCGCUGGUGUUGGGCAAAGUGCACGAGUCUGAUGAUUUGGAUCCAGACCUGGCCAGACUGGCGUCUCUCGGUUUCACCGGCUGUCUGUCGGUGGUCAGCUUCAACUCCAUCAGCCCUCUGAAAGCCGCUCUGCUCCACCCGGACACCAGCCCCGUCAUCAUCACCGGACCUUUACUUCAGUCCAGCUGCGGCUCCUCGGCUUCAGCCAAUCCCUACGCAGCGGAGAACACGCACCACCUGUCAGACCAGUCUGGCUCAGUGGGUUCAGGUCAGCCUUUAGUCAAUGCCAUCAGGACCGACUCGGCUCUGAUUGGAGGCCUCAUAGCGGUGGUGAUCUUUGUGGUCGUGACCGGCCUGGCGAUAACGGCCAGAUUCCUCUACCGGAGAAAAGAGACGUACCGAAACCAGGAAGUGAAGGGAGUCAAUCAGGACGACAGCCCGGAUUUCGCUUUCAACAACCAGGCCGACCCUCAGAACACCUCCAGUGAAAACCCAAAGGAGUAUUUCAUUUAACCGGAUGUCCGAUGUCCUGAUGAACUGGAGGGUGCAGACAAGGGGGGGCGUCCUGUCAGGCCUCAGGACUUUAAACUGCACUCAGAGCCACUCAGAGACUUUGCCGGCUGAAGUGGCUCCACAGAACAUGGAAAGCAAAAACAGAACAAUUCACACAGUUUUGUCUUUUACUGUAUAUAAUGUAUAUACUGAUGCAAACAGGCAACAGUGCUGGACUUACAAGAUGUUGAUAUUUGUUUUCAGAAACUGUACAUAUUCAAAAAUGUAAAUGUGGAAGUAAUGUCUGCAGCAAUCUCUAAUUAAUGUUGCCCUGUCAUAUUGAAAGGUUGCAAAUGCUCUUGAGUGCAACACAUUUUUGCUUUUGCGGGUUAAUUGAACGUAUUCAAACACUUCAUUUCAGUGAUUCAGGGAGAUUGGAAUCGUGACUACAGUCUGAUGCACUUUUCUGUGAGGAUAAUGAAUGUUUGCUUCAGUAGAAGUGGAAAUGUUUGACCUGUAAUUAGGCCCUCAGGAAGAGCACUUCUGUAGGAGUUUGUGUUGGUGGUGUGUUCAUUUGUAAAGCCUUUUUGUUUUGUGCUGUAGAACCCCAAUCGCCAGAAUAAAUGUUGGCAAUGUACAUUUCUGCAAAUCACAGACGUGUUGAAACUUAACACUUAGUCAUGUUACAACUUUAUGUUUUCUUAGGUUCAGUUUUCAAUUUCAUGUUGUGACGAGGCUGUGCUCAUGUUCUGGUUAGGGUACAAAAACCACUUGGUUGGGGUUAGGAAAACUUUGACAUGUUUCGUUUAAAUUUUGCACCUACAAAUAAUAAAAAUGCCCUGCUGAACAUUUGUCUCUCAUUAGAAAUAUCCAGUGGUGUCAAGCUUACAAAUGUUAAGAGCAGUGGUCUCUCACUACCAUAAAAAAUGAUCUCUUUUUAAGAAUAUCUAUUGAUUUCCCUCCUACAAAUGUUGAAACACCACCCAGAACAGAAUAGAAUUAAAAAUAUUGCACUUGUAUCUCGAAUAAUGGUCCCUCACUAGAAAUAUCCAGUGGUUUCAAGCUUACAAAUGCUGGAAUGGCAUUGAGAACAGUGGUCUCUUCCUACCUCAAAUUGGUCUCUCAUUAAGAACAUCUAUUGGUUUUGUCCUUACAAAUGUGGGAAUGCCCUCGUGAACAGUGGCCUGUCAUUAAAAAUACCCAGUAUUUUCAAUCUUAUAAAUGUUGAUCGCCAUCUCUAACAGUGGUCUCUUGCCCUCUCUAACAGUGGUCUCUCGUCAUCUUCAUUAGUGGUUUCUGAUGACGACUACCUGCUGGUCUUGCCAUGUGGAACAGCAUUCCCACGAUAUCUCUAUCGGCAGUCUCUCACCAUCUCUAACAGCGGUCUCUCGCCAUCUUCAUUUGUGGUUUGUCAUUACGACUAUCUGCCGGUCUCACAAUCUCGAACAGCGAUCUCUCACCAUCUCAAAAACAGUGGUAUUUCAGCUCCACAAACAGUGGUCUCUCGGCAUCUUCAUUAGUGGUUUCUCAUUACGACUAUCUGCUGGUCUUGCCAUCUCCAACAGUGGCCUCUUGCUAUCUUCAUUAGUGGUUUCUGAUUAAGACUAUCUGCUGGUUUCACAAUCUCGAACAGCGGUCUCUCACCAUCUCAAAAACAGUGGUGUUUCAGCUCCGCAAACAGUGGUCUCUCGGCAUCUUCAUUAGUGGUUUCUCAUUACGACUGUCUGCUGGUCGCGCCAUCUCAGUUGUCUCUCACCAUCUCAAACAGUGGUCUCUUGCUAUCUUCAUUAGUGGUUUCUGAUUAAGACUGUCCGCUGGUCUCGCCAUCUCUAACAGCGGUAUCUCACUGCCUCGAAAACAGUGGUUUCUCUCUGUCUCGAAAACAGAGGUCUCUCGCCAUUGCAAACAGUGGUAUUUCACCACCUCAGUGGUCUGUCUGCAUCCCGUGGUUUCACAUUAACAAUAUCUAUUAGUUUCACCUUUACAUGUGGUGAAACGCUGUCUUGAAGCGUGGCGUCUCGCUUGGCAACCAUCUCACCUCGCCGUCACGCCACCACCAACCCUAACCCAACAUAGACGGAUUGAUAUGAUGCACCAAUGUAACAUAUCCAUGGUUUAUAAAAACAUGCAGUGCCAACAUUUUAUUCUGGCGACGGGGCUUUGCCGUGUGCUUUGGAGUGAAAGUAUGAACUCCGUAGAGCCUCUGAACCUCCUGUAGGGGAAACCUUGGUGAGCUUGUGCACUUGUCAGAGCCCUCACAGCCUGUACACAUCCUCCAGACACCGGCGUGUUGUUUGAUGAUUUCUCGGCAUCAUGAAUUUUCAUGAGUGAUUUUCUUCCAGCAUCUUUGUGCUACCACAGAAUUCUGGUGUUAACAAGUGGCAUCUUCAAAGUCAACAUGGUCUUGCUCACUCCAAUCACGCACAUCGCCACGAGCACACUGGUGCUGUUGGAGAGUUGGUACCCUGCAGUCUGGCAGCUACUGGUCAAGAGACUUGGAGACCUUUCAUACGUUUCUGCUUUAUUUUCUUCCUCUUAUGCUUUUCUUUUCGUUCUUCAAUUCUCUCCAUCGUGACAUGAAAGCACAACAGAAGGAGGCAGGAAAAAGUCUAUCCGUGAGCAGUGAACGUGUCUAGUUUAGUUCUAUACUUUGCAAGUUUUUCUAUGGAGGCUUGUACAGGUUGUUCGCUCUAUUAUAAAAGUUUUCUCCUUCCCCGCUGAAUGCCGCCUGCUGGGAGCGUCCUCUCCCAGCUCUCUAAAAGUCUCUGAACAGGAAAGCUUUUAACACUGACAGCAGCACACACACUGUAUAACACUGUGGCUGUCUGUCACCUCGCUCGCUGCACGCAGAGACGGUUAAUGUCUUUUUUUGAAAUGCUAAUCUGCUUCGGUCUGACAGGUGGGUUGUAACUCGAUGAGAAGCAGGGAGAUGAUCAGAAUGAGACGGGAAGAUAAUAUGAGAGGAAGCGUAAAGCAACCUGAUAUUAACACUUGAAAAUGAAGCAACCCCCCCCAUGUGUUAAUUUAGCUUGUGUGUAAAGAGCACUGCUGAUGGAGGGAGGAUAGGAAGCAGAAAGAGCAUCGACAGCAGCUGUUUAUCAAACACACACCACCGUUCUCUCUGCAAGACCCCGAAGCACAGAUGGGAUUUUAAUGACAAAAGUUGCUAAAACUCCAAAGUGCCGUGUUUAUCUCAUGGAUUUCUUUAUUCCCCACCUCACGAACAGCUGAAGCCACACUAUGUUGCCUCUGCCCACAUCCUUGAAUCCAGAGAGUUCAUCCUCUGGUGAAGAAGACGUAGUGACCGUCCUCCAUCCUGCGGCAGAGCCGACUGCAGUGCAGAACUUGAUUGCUGAGUGGAAUUCAGCGAGGCUACCUUGAGCGCCGCUGGAGGACACUACAUAAAUGUUUAACAUUUGAAUUUUUCAGACCGUGUCGACUGAAGUUGCAGUGCAACCUGCAAACCAGCAGGAAAUACACACUUGACCUUCAGCUCCAGUAUAUAGUGCCGCUUCGUGCAACAACUUUAAUGUUUUUCCAACCGUUUUCCAGCAACGGAACGAGAAUAUCAACAGUUUUACAUUUCAACCUCCUUAUUUUAACAUUUUGGUUAAAGCCUGGUCACAACAGAAAGUAACAAGACAAAAUUAAUCCACAAAUCUUCAUGAAAUAUUUUAUUCUAGAGGCCUGGUGUCAUUGGGACUGAUCACAUGGCUACUUGUACCGUUUACUUGUCCCUGGUAUUUUGCUCUUUGGAUUGAACAACACAAUACAUUUUUUUAUGAAAGGAAAGGUAGAAAAACACUGUCCAGGGUAAUGAGCUUGAUAACUGCUUGUUACAAUAACUGUCACUUAGCAGGUUUGUUGGCUUGGCUGCUAAUGGGACCAUAUGUUCGCUCACUGUAUUGUAUUAUUUACUGUUCUUUGCAUUAUGUGUGCCUCCUCCUGUUUCAGAACUACCUGCUUGCUUAAAAUUCGCAAAAAAAAAUUGCUUUGCCCCUUUGAAAUCCACUUAACUGGGAGAAACUGAUUGUUUUAAUUGCUGGUGAGACCCGGCUUAAGUAUAAGGCGAUAUUCUUCAAUUUCUUUACUGUCGUCAAAUCCCACGCAAAAGACACAAAAACAAACAAUUAAUCCCCCGUAAGUGUUGUCUGUGUAGCCUAAUGUAGCUUAUUCCUCUGUGUAGAGCUACAUUAGUGCCAAGACGACAAAAUGUGUAUUAAUCCGCUGCUGAAAAUAGUCCCCAGUAAAAGCGCUGUUUACUCAUGUCUGCGUGACAUUUGCUGAAAACGACAGUGUGCAGCUGUUUUAGGAAAUUAUUAAGCAUUAUUUAAAAUUGAAGCUUUUGUUUUUAAUAGCUGCAUCUUCAGUGUGAACCUUUAAAACUGAUGAACAAGUUGUUUAAUUUCUCUUCUUCUCGUGGGAUUUGUUGACAGGAAGAGAAAACAUAGAAUAUUUGUUGCCUUUUCCUUCAAAGACUGAUUUUUUUUUAACAGUGCAGUUUCUUUCUGACAGUGCGUUGGUUUAGAGUUUGUUCAGUGUAAAUGUGGUUUUUGGUGAAUAACAGUUCUGAGUGUGAGUGACAUAACAUGAAAAUACCCCAAUUUAAACCAUAUUCUGGUUUGUUUUGGAUGUCAACAAAAUCCUGUUUGAUGAAAAUAAU